AUGUUUGCUGCAAAGCGUUUAGGCAAGGAACUCCAAAAAGCCCGCCAGAAACUACCACCAGGCAUAACCCUCGUCAAAGCUGAAGACCUAAAGACAUGGGAAGUCGAUAUCAAAGUCUUGGAUAGCAACCCCAUAUACGCGAACCAGACCUACAGACUCGUCUUCAUCUUCAGCCAGAACUAUCCUAUCGAGCCACCAGAAGUCACGUUCCUCUAUGUGCCCGCGAACACACAGUCCUCGUCCUCUUCCUCUACGGCCUUGCAACUACAGUCGCAAACAAUAGAUUUGACCUCUGAAGACCCCAAACCACAGUCGCAAGCCGAUAACGGCCACCGCCCGAUACCAAUACAUCCGCACAUCUACAGCAAUGGAAUAAUAUGCCUGGAUCUACUUGGUACGGCAGGGUGGUCGCCCGUACAAUCUGUGGAGUCGGUUUGCAUGUCUCUGCAGUCGAUGUUAACAGGGAAUACCAAGAACGAGCGACCUGAGGGUGAUAGGGAGUUCUGUGCUAGUAUGGGUCCACGAGGGAAGGAUGGCUGGAGCAGUAAGGGUGGUUGGGGUCGGAGAGGGUUGAAAGAUGUGCGGUUCACUUAUGAGGACGAUACUGUUUGA